AUGAGCCAUAAUAAGGAUUUAGGGGAUAAUACUGGUGAUAUCUCACAAUGUCCCGUAGAUGAAGAAACAAGAUUAAAAUGGUUGCAACAGCAAGAUAAUUCUAAUAAUGACAGCAGUACAAUACUUUCAACAGAAAGAGAAAUCUCUGGUAUACCACGUACCGGUUCAAAUGGUCAAAAAUGGGUUUAUCCCAGUGAGAAACAAUUUUAUGAUGCAAUGACACGUAAAAAUUUUAAAGAUACGAAUAAAAUGGAUAUGAAGACGGUGAUACCGAUUCAUAAUAAUGUUAAUGAAAGAGUUUGGAAUUAUAUUAAGAAAUGGGAAAAUGUUACAUCAGAAGAUGCAUUUAAGUUAUUAUCAUUGACAUCGUUUAAAGGCGAUUCCAAGAAAAUUACACCAAGGGCAUGGAUAAGACAUUAUAUCCUAGGAAUGGAUCUUCCAUUUGAUAGACAUGAUUGGCAAAUUAAUCACAAACUAAAUUUAUCAUCAAACGAAUCAAUUAAUAUUGAUUAUGUUAUUGAUUUCUAUAUGAAUAAACAACAAGGAGUUUAUUUAGACGUGCGACCAAAAUUAAAUAGUUUUGAAGGUUGUAAGAAAAGGUUAUUACAUUUUCUUGGUUUAUAA